CACGUGGAUUCCACAUUGAUCUUAUGUACUAGGAGUAUUAUAGGCGUGCGCUUGAGGUGGUAGCAGAAUACUUUUACCUGCUCAAUGAGAAGAGUAUCUUGUUGUCAGACGCAGGAUUAGUGCAGAAUGUGUGAGUCGGUGGCUGUGUUAUGUUAUGGAAGAAGUUGUAGUAGUAUUCAAAUGGAGAGAAGAUUAAAGCGAGUGUUGUGUGAGUGUUGUUUUUUAUGGUAAACAUGGCGAACUAUGCAGGUUGAGGCGAGUGCCCUUAGGCGUGUGAAGACGAAGCUGGCUCGUCUGGGAGAUAGAUUAAGGAGAGACGAAGAACAGGAGGUUGGAGGAGAUUUACAGGUGUUGGAUAAUGAACAGCAGCCUACCAACCGUGCUGGCGUUCCCAGACAUCUACUACGGCACAUACUGUACCGAGGUGGCUCUGCAUCAACAACAGGUGCUGAAGGUGAUGGUGAUAGUUGUGAUUCCGAUACGGAACUUGACAGUAGCAACAAACCUAAUCGCCUACCUCAUUUGUCACGUAAUUCUGACACGGAAUAUCAACCAGUUUCGGGCGAGGACAAUUCAGAUGAUGAAUCUGUUUCUAAGGCAAGAACAGAAGCCUCGUCACCACAGCCUACUCAAAGAGGUCUACGAACAUGUGGAAUACGUAGACCGCUUCUACCACCGAGAGCGGCAACUUUGGCCGAAUGUCAAAGCCCACCGCCUUUGAUAGUGGACGAAGGACCAAGUUCUGCACCAGACAUUCCGUUACCUGAAGGAAGUAUUCUUGAAAAACUGGGACAGAGACUCAAGGAACGCAGUGACAAAGUUCAUAGGUAUUUCCAACGUAACACAAAAUUGUGUGAUGUAAACCGGAGACUAAAGAGUCAGAUAUGGAGUUCGGUCGUCACCAUUGUGCUUGUGGAGGGGAAAAAUCUUCUUCCUAUGGACAUUGAUGGUUUCAGUGAUCCUUAUGCCAAAUUUAGAUUGGGCAAUGAAAAGUACAAGAGUAAGGUUACAUACAAGAGUUUGAAUCCCAGCUGGCUGGAACAGUUUGAUUUGCACCUUUAUGAUGAUCAGUCUCAAGAAUUGGAAGUAACAAUUUGGGACAAAGACAGAUCCAAAGAUGAUUUUAUGGGCAGAUGCACUAUUGAUUUAUCUUGUCUGGAACGAGAGAAAACUCAUAGAAUAUGGCAAGACCUAGAAGAAGGAGCAGGCUCCAUCUUUCUGUUGCUUACCAUCAGUGGAACUACGGCAUCAGAGACAAUAUCUGAUCUGACCACUUAUGAGGAAAACCCUCGUGAACGUGAAACAUUACAGAACCGCUAUGCAUUCCUUCGUACUCUCCAAAACCUCCGGGAUGUUGGUCACCUGACUGUGAAGGUGUUCCGGGCGCAAGGGCUAGCAGCAGCCGAUCUGGGGGGCAAGUCAGAUCCGUUCUGUGUAUUGGAACUGGUGAAUGCCCGCCUUCAGACACAAACAGAAUACAAGACCCUAACACCAUCAUGGCAGAAGAUAUUCACAUUCAAUGUGAAGGACAUCAAUUCAGUUCUUGAGGUGACCGUAUAUGAUGAAGACAGGGAUCACAAAGUAGAGUUCCUUGGAAAAGUGGCUAUUCCAUUACUGCGGAUUCGUAAUGGCGAAAAGAAGUGGUACUCCCUCAAAGAUAAGAAGCUGCAUGGAAGGGCAAAAGGCAGUUGUCCACAGAUACUGCUGGAGAUGACGGUGCUCUGGAAUCCUAUUCGUGCCUCCAUCAGGACACUGAACCCAAAAGAGGAUAAAUAUAUGCAAACUGAAGUGAAAUUUAAACGACAGGUUUUUGUAAGAAAUGUAAUGAGGCUAAAAGCCAUCAUUAUGUUUUUUAUUGAGCUUGGAAAAUUUAUUCAGAGUUGCUUCGAAUGGGAAUCAACGCCUCGCAGUAUCGUAGCGUUAGUAACAUUCAUAGUUCUGUGCUACUACUUUGAGCCUUACAUGAUACCAAUAGUGAUGCUCCUCAUCUUCCUGAAGUAUUAUGUAGUUCAUGUUUUACACAAGGAUAGCAUUUCCAACAUUAUUCACCGUCUUAUUUUCAAUCUAAACUGUAGAUGGAAUGGUGGAAAGGUUUUGUCACUGACAGGUGGCUGGACCAUUCAUGAUGAAGAAGAAGAGCCUCUUGGAGAUGAAGAUGAUGAUGAGGAGGAUAAAGAUAAGGAAGAAAAGAAAAGUUUAAAGGAACGCCUUCAAGCCAUACAAGAAGUGACGCAAAGUGUUCAAAAUUCAAUUGGCUUUAUUGCAUCCCUUGGAGAAAGUAUAAAAAAUACAUUCAACUUCACCGUGCCGUACCUCAGCACUUUGGCAAUCCUCAUGCUGAUAGCUGGGGCUGUUGUGCUGUAUCUGGUGUCUGUCCGUUACCUCAUCAUGGCAUGGGGGGUGAACAAGUUUGCUCGCAAACUUAUUCGCCCACACACUGUCCCCAAUAAUGAAAUACUGGAUCUUCUCUCCAGGGUACCAGAUGAUGAAGAUUUGUUAGCCUUCAGAGAACUGAAACCUCACCCAACAACAGACGUUGAUCGAAGGCGUGACCAGAAGAAAAAACACAAAAUGUCCUAGUGAAGGGGGACAUAGUCUUUAAGAAUUGAUUUGAGGUAGCUGAAGAUCAGUUGAGAAGCUACAAGCUGUCUGCGAGGUGGUAACAGUGAAGUCUAGUGGUCGAGCACCGUGUUGCUCACAAAAGUGGUUCAACAGUCUGUCAAGGAAAAUGUUGCUUCCCUUCUAGUCAUCACGUGGAGAAAGUUCUGUUUCCUGAAUUAAACAGGUUUGACCAUUAUCUUGUAUACUUUCCAGUGGGAUAGUUGAGUCCAUGAUUUUAUAUUGUUGACAUAUGAGUAGAACCAAAGUGCAUGUUGGUAAGUUCAGAUUAAGUUACACCAGCAUUUGUUGUCUUUCUUAAAUGAGAAUGCAGAAAAGAUAUCCUGCUGUAAAAAUCAGAGUAAUGUGUUAAUAUAUGACUGCAUGAUGAUCUCUGUAUUAUAAAUAAUUAUGUCUCUUGUACAGUAAGUGGGAGGGCCAUGCUUACUGUUUUUUUGGUGGAUGACAUUGUUGAUUUCUGUACUUCCAUUUCUAUAACUUGUUAAAUAUGUACAGGAAAAACACUGUUAUCCUACUUUACUUCUUUGAGUGUAUUUUAACCUUAAAUCUGAUGUAUGUACUUAAGUCUAGCAAUGGUGCUGAGCAGUAUUUUGUAAGCUCGUUGUUUUAUAUCUUGAGUCUUCUUAUUGAUGAAAAUUAUUCUUCCUAUCUUACGGUAUUGCUGUGUUCUCUCCCCGUGGUAAAAAAUUUCAUCAUGAUUUAAAAGCAGUACAUUAUGCAUAUACAGUAUCAAGAGUUUCCCCAUAUUGAAGAUUGCUGUCUUCUGGGUUGUUGCGCCAUGUAGUCUGGUAGAUGUCCGCCAACGUUUCAGAGGGUCAUGCUGGCGCAACAACCCAGAAGACAGCAAUCUUCAGACUCACCGCUGGGAAAACCUCAAAUCUUACAUUUCCCCAUUUUAUUAAAACAUAUGACAUUUCAUAAUAUAAAAAUUCUUGUACUCAAACUUUGAUGUGCACAAUUUUGCACAAUACGCAUUCAGAGUAACAUGAAUGCGUGGCUCUGCAGUCAAACAACUGAAGCAGAAAACUGUGAACACCAUUUUCUCUUAUUGUUAAAUAUUCAGAGAAAUUUGCUAUCUGUAGUUCUUAUGUGUCUUCCUAUCUCAUCGAUGUUCACGAGAAGUCCUCAGUCAUCACUAUACAUGAAAAUCUUAACUGUGUGCGCAUGUGUGUGAAUGUUUGUGUAUGGGCAUGCACUGUCCUGAAACUCCUACAUUUGAAGUUUAUUUUUAUACAUGAAAUAUUUGUUCUAAUUUCUGUAAGUAAAUUUAAAUUUUUAGGAUAUAAGGAAGAUUAGAAGAUGGAACAGAGGCAGGCAUUUGACUCAGUGGAGGAUGAAGCAAGCAAAUCCCUUUGUAAAUUAAUUUGUCUAGGUGUCAGUAAAUUGUAACAUGGCAUAAGUUUUAAAUUUUGUGAUGGCUCAUGAUCUAUAGAAAUGAAUAUACUAUGUGUGUGGAAGGUGUUGCUUUUACCCGUUUAAGAUGAAGAUUCGCUAGCAUUUAUACAUUCAUAAAUUAGAAGAAUCUUCUCAUCACAAGGGUUUACUCAGGUACUUCUUGCAUUUAAGAUAAUUGAAGAUGAGUAGUUAGUAUAUGUUGCUCUCAAAAAUAAUUAAUGUUAUAAUUUUAAACAUUUUAUUUUGUGACAUAAAGAAAAGAGAAAGUUUAUUAUUCAUUGUACAUAGUUACGCAACAUUACAAUGGGUAUGAGUUUAAUGCUACUAUUGUAAUAAAUUAAAAUUUGAUA